AAAUAUUUAUAGGUUGACUUUUGCUUCCUGUGACGAGUGAAAUGAAUCUAAAACCAAAUUAUAGCAUCUAUUAAUUCCUUUUUCUGGGUAAAAUUGAUUGUUGAAUUAGUUUUUACUACUGCUGAGUUUGUUGGACGAGAUAUUAUUCACGAUGGGGAGAUCUCGCUCUCGUAGUCGAUCUCCAAAAAAGCACCAUAAAAGCAAACAUCAUAAGAGAAGCAAAUCUAGGGAUAGGCGUGAAAAAAGAUCGGAAUCUAGUUGUAAGAGUUUUAAAAGUACUGAUAAAGUGAAAGAAAAAUCAUCAAAAUCCAGGAAAAGAUCUCAUUCCAUAUCUUCAACAUCGAGUAGUGAUGCAUCUAUUGAUACAAAGUUUGAUAAGCAUAAGAGGUCUAGGUUACAUAGAAAAAUGGAUGAAGUUGAAAGAUUAGCAGAAAUGGAAAGACAAAGGAGACAAAGGGAAACAGAGCAUCGCCUGAUUGAGGAGGAAGCUGCUAAGAGAAUAGAGGAAAUGGUGAAGAAACGAGUCGAAGAAGAGCUGGAGAAAAGAAGGGAUGAAAUAGAAAGAGAGGUGAAUAGAAGGGUAGAAGAAGCCAAGAGAAUCAUGGAAAAGCAAAUGAUGGAAGACUUGGAAAAAAGAAGAGAGAAGCAGAUGGAAGAAGAGAGGAGAAGACAGGAGGAAGAAAAGCAGAAACAAGCAAUGGUUGAAAAGAUACUCGAGGAAAAUCAGAGAAAAAUAGAAGAAGCCCAAAAAAAGCUGGCUGAAGAGAGAUUGGCAAUGGUUGAAGAGCAGAGAAAAAUGGAUGAAGAGAGGCAAAGACUCCGGAAGGAACAUGAAAAACGUAUCAAGGAAGAGCAAAAGAAAAUCUUGGGCAAGAACAACUCUAGGCCUAAGUUAUCUUUUACUUUCAAGCCUGCGUUAUAGAAGUGUAAGUGAUGUUUGCGAUAUUGCAAAGUUAAUCAGUCAUAAAACAAAAUUAAUUGAUGAAUUCGGAAUGUAAGGAUAAGGAUUUGUUUUAGGUACAAAUUAUGAUGUAUCAUAAUUUUAAAGACUUUUUUGUACAGUUUACAAUAAUGUAGGUAGCCAUUUUAUGUACAGAUGAAUUAAGUUAAUUGUAAUAAAAAACUAUACUAUA